UAACUCCGAGUCAGUUGUUUAGUUGCUGCUCGGCAGUGUGCAGUGUCCGCUAUCAGGACGAGGUCCACUCUGUGUUUACUUGCAGUCAUGCUUCUCAGGUUCAUUUGCGCUUUAGUGACCAGAUCACUAUUUAUUUUAAUUUCACUCAUAGGUAUGUGGAGGGUCAUAUGGGUGAAAAACAAUAAGUUGUAUUGGCUUCUUACUAUCCUAUUUCUGCCACUCGUGGUGGAGAUGAUUUUAACAUCGAGGAGGAGAAAAGGAAAAGACUGUAAGUGGUUCUCUCCGGCAAUUUUCCUGUUCCUGAUCAGCAUUAUACCCAGCAUUUGGAUCCUUGAGCUUCAUCAUCAGGAGAAUAAAUACAAUGACAUCAAGUGUAAUCGGCUCAAUUCACCGGAGAACAUAAAAGAACUCUUUAAUAACUUGAGAAACUUUAAUUCUACCAAUGAGACUGCAUUUGCUAAGAUUUACCAGAACUCUGAGAGGAUCUUCUCAUCAGUGUGUGCCAACGACUGGAUUUUGGCGCUACACCAGGCCUUGCUGGUGCUGCUAAUUGUGGGGAAGUGGCUGCUGCCCAACGAAGGAGGCCUCACCCGAGACGAGCUCUCGCAACUGCUCCUCAUCUUUGUAGGAACAGCGGCGGACAUCCUAGAGUUUACCAGCGAGACUCUGUCCGAUGUCAAGGAUAAGAGCCCGGUGUUGGUGUACAUUAUUCUGGCCAUCUGGACGUGGAGUAUGCUACAGUUCCCUCACAAUCUUACAGUGUUAAACUCGAACACAGAGGAGUACGAGACGCAGCCCGACUCUCUCCUUUCUCGACACCGAACAGACUUGUGGUCCGUCAUCGAAGCCCUCUUAAUUCAGGACGGCCCUUUUUUGUUGGUCCGCAUGACCGUCAUGAUACACUUCGAAAUCUUUCACCAAAUGCUGGUCUUCUUUGCCAUCAAAAACUCACUAGUGGUGGCACUGAAUGUGUAUCGACUCUGGGUCAUUUGGUGGGACUUCAGAUCCUGAGAUCCUGCAAAAGGUUUGAGAUGGAAUGUAUAAAAUGCACUUUCUUGUUAGAGUAUCGUGUAGCCGAGAUUGUGUAGGAAUUUAGCUCGUGUAGGGAGUCUUAGCUUACAUUUUUAUAUAUGAGAUUCAUUAAUCUGAUAACUGGGUCAUCAUUGUGCAUUAACAUUGUUGUCAAAUGUCUCUGUGUGAUAAUCGUUUUUCUAAAAAAAUAACCGACGCAAAGCUGAGGUCAGUAGAAUCCGUACAGUACACCGGGGAUAUACAAUAUUUCUGUUUCAGUACACUUAAUAUGUAGAUAAAACCAAAAAAAUAACCCUACACUGUAGUUUGUAUUCGAUGAAGAAAAUGAAAAUGAUUUCAUCAAAAUCCACAUAUGCUGUAUUUUUUAUUUCUUUUUUUUUUCUUUUCAUUUGGAUGGUGAUCAUGUAAACUGGUGCUCAUGUGAGUUCAUGCACUGGAGAUGCUUUACAGCUCGAUCAUAUCAGCAACACAAACACUUAUCAAAGACGCCUUCUGCUAGUAAACGGUAUAAGAAGAGCUCCGAGUGUCUACACCCUGCAGGGAGACACAUGAUAGCUGGCAGUGUUGACUGACCUGUUUAUAUCCGGCAAGACUGAGAAAAAAACCCGAAGCUAAACAUGAUGGUUCGUAAGUGUUUUAAAGAUUUCACAUAAUCGUGUUUGUAUUGUGUAACUAAAAUCUAACAGCACUACAGUACAGAAAUACUUACAUCACAAACCAAACUAACAAUAGAAUUGAAACUUCAUGAUGUAGUGAAUGAUGGAUUAGUGUUAUUUAUCAUAAACAUACACUUUUCACACUUGAAAUAGUUCCCCAGGUAAACAGAAUCCUGGGUUAUCUUGUCUGACGUUUCACAUGACUCUUUAUAAUCUGACAUUUCACACUAAACCCUCCUGAAGCCUCAUGAGACACAAAAAGACAAAAGUAAGCAAACACUGGCGCAAAUAUUAUAUGACUUGUUUAUGUCUGACAGCCAUCCAGUUUGUCCUGAACACACUUUCUGACCGUAAAAAACCUUCUCUUCGUUCUAACUGUAUAAACAUGUGAUAGGAUGUCACUGAUUUUGUGUCUUUGCUGAGCAUCCAGCCGUAACGUUCGAACACUGCAUAGUUCCACACUUUACACAUUUAGCACAAAGCCAUGCUAGUUCUGCUUCUUAGCAGUGAAUCACAACCCCGGGUAAAAAGCGAGCUCUACUUCUAAAUUAAAAAUGUGAAACGUUCCUCUACCUGGGGUUAAAAGCAGGGAUUAGAACACAAAUACCCCCGGGGAGUUAAACACAGUGUAAAAAGCCUUACAUAUUACAAAUCAUGUUUACAUUACAAUACACUGAGGAUUUCUUUUCACUAAAGAACCAGUUGAGAUUUUUAACAAAUUCAUAGAAAUCUAAUCAUUAGUUCUGAAGAUUAAAGAGUUUUCUCUAGAAAUGUGACACCAAUAUUUACUACAUUUAUUAUUAUCUGAUGUGCUAGAUAUUAUUUUAGUAUAUAAGCACUCUAAGUUAAACAGUGAAUGUUUGAAUGUUGAAAGGAUCUGAUGCCACUUUUAUCUGAACUUUAGUUUUUUUUUAAAAAGUUGAUUUUUAACAUUUAAUGAUAAAUUAAAGUCCAAUAUGAUGUACCGCUUAAAAAGAAAUAAAGACACGAACAAAUGAUUUCUCUUCGAUCUUUUUACCAAAAGGCCGAAUACAAGUGAUUUUUGAUUUCAGAUGAA